UGGAACAGAUCCCCAUGAGUGACAGAGAUAGAUAAGUUGGCGAUAAGUGAAAUUUUUUCCCUUGGACGUUGGCUUUUGCGGGGGCUGGGUUUUUUUAGGCUCGGCAGGACUUCCCAAGUGGGGAUGGCAACACGUUCACGCUCCCAUCGCCGUUCGCAUGCAUCGUCUCGCUCCCAAGUCAUGUCCAUCCACACUUUCUCCUCAUAUACCCAUUGCACUGCUACAAUGCCAAUUGCAGGUGCCACUUGCACUGCUACCAGACCCUUGACGCAUUCCAACCGUCGUACCGGACACAAUCCCUUCAUAAUGGUUACACCAUCUUUUUCCUCUGCUUUUGUACUGUCAGCUGCAACUAUCAAUCGGCUGGCUGCACUAAAGUAUCCGUCAGGUCGUGAUAGCUGGCAUGAAAUCCGAUCCGAGAACAUCUUGAUUCUUCCGUCAUCAUUCCCAAUCCGGCAGGUCUAUGCGGAGGCGAUAAGUCUGUCCGGGGCAUUGAUUGUCGAUCGAUCCGAACCAUUAUCGCACCCCGUGAUUAGCCCAAGAUACAGGAUGUGGCGAUUUUGGAAGAUCCUGGCUUUUGAUAGUGUUUACUGAGGAUGGUCUCAUCACUGCAGCCCCUCGCCCCCAGAGUCCAGCAUCACGCCCAGAAAUGCAAGGGCGAGAGACAGUUACAGCUCAGCCUGGCGUUCUGUGCAGCGGACUAACCCAAACCUUGUCUCAGCCGACAUCCGAUCCAAGGCAGGGACGGAAUGCGGGGUCAGCAGCCGGCGGCUGGCUGCCGAUCGAAGUGUCAUACAUUGGAUGGAUAG